AUGGCGAAAAGAAAGCACAGUUCUGAGGAAUCUUCCAGGCCGUCCAAAAAGACGCGCAACUCCUUGGGCGGUGAGCAACGAGAAGAAGAGGUUGAAGAUAAUCUCCUUGUCAAGAAGGCUCGCAAUCCGAAGACCAGAAAAUCAACAGCGCAACCAGAAGCAGACAGGAAAGAGUCCAAGGAAGCUGACAGGCCGUUGAAGAAGUCGCGUCCAACAGCAUCAGAGGAAGUAGAGCUGAAAGAGAACCCAAACGCGGAAGACGGCAGACCGUUGGAGGAAUCGCGCCUAUCAUCAUCCGAGGAAGAAGAGCUGGAAGACGAUUCAAACGCUGGAAAUGGCAGGCCGUUGGAGGACUCCCGACCAACAGCAUCUGAGGAAGAAGAACUAGAAGAAAAUUCGCAUGCUGGAGAUGAUCUGCAUACUGAUGGCGUUGAACCGGAAGCGCUGUCAGAGGCAGACCGACAGCGACAGGCUGAGGAGAGGAGAAAAGCCCAAGGUCGACUUGACACGCGCUGGUCUGGUUCUUGGACGUUGGGAGCGGGUGUUUAUGGUGCUGCAGAACUUUGGCUGAAACAGGACACCGAUGGAAACAUCUGCGACCGGCUGGUUAUUAAGAAUACCGUUCCUAGCUAUACAACAUGGACCGACCGAAGCCUAUGGACUCGUGGGUCCCGUGGCUAUGAGAUUGGAAGCAUUCCGACCGAGGUACAGGCUAUGUACAGACUUCGCGGCAAGAUCGGGUCAGAGAAUAUCGUCAAGAUUCGGAACUGGAGAAUCAACAGAACCGCACUGACGUACAGAAUCAUGAUGGAAUAUUGCCCUUACAGCGACCUCUGGGAUUUGUGUAUGACGGGACCCUAUAUGACAAUUGGGGCGUGGGGACGGCGCGCGUUGCCAACCAUCGACCUAACUGCACCUGAGAGUGAGGCACUUACAAAUGCGAUCGUUGCCGGGGAGGCGGCCCAUGAGCGAGCAGGAUUUGCCGCGAGGUUCAAGCAAUUGCGCUCUGCCAGACCUCCCAUUGUUCCAGAGCCAUUCGUUUGGUCCCUGCUAGAGACUCUAGCUACAGCAGGGGUACUCAUGGAACGAGGUGAGCUGGAAAGUAAGGGGAUAGUGCCAUGGUUCCAAAUCAUCCACCGCGAUCUUAAGCCAGGAAAUUUGUUCGUUAGUCCUCCAUCAAAGGAGCGCUACCGCGGAUAUCCUCAAGUCAAAGUCGGUGACUUCGGAGCCGCGUUGUUCAUGGUACCAAGUGAUCUAAGGAAUGCCGCGGACAUAGACAUAUAUGGAACACCAGGUUACAUGGCCCCAGAGCAAAUGAAAUAUCAAUCGAACGAUGGUGACGAAUUGGUCAAUAUGAGUUCGGCCACUGAUGUCUAUGCCGUGGGAGCUGUUCUCUGGGAAGUCCUGACUGGCCUGCCGUUACCGGUGCCAAAGGACGCAGAGACGGGCAAGUCACUCGAAGUCGAACCCCUAAACCCCGAGUGGGUGCGUAAAAUGACAUUCGAACCUCCGGCACUCGAUGCCACUUCCAAGUCGUUUUACAGCCAAGAACUACGUGACCUCAUCUACGCCAUGUUGCGACACAAUGCCGCAGCACGGCCUUCGUUCGGACGGAUUCUCAAGAAGUGUCUCAAAUUCGCUAAUAGUCCUGAAAACCCUGCGCGAGGACUUCGAGAUGCUCCUGCGAACGACGCGAGAUAUCAGGGGAAGUUCCGUCUUGUGCUCCCUAAUGUGUAUUCGGACGUGUAUACUAUUGGGAUGUCGAUUGAUCAGGUGGACUUGGAAGGAUACACCGGCCCUAAAGACGAAUGGCCGCCUUCAUUGCCUGUCAGCGAAGCGGGCGAUAGUGACGCGUCCGACGAUCUGGGAGGCGAUCCUGGAGCAGAAUUGGAAGACAAUCCUGGAGCACAAUUGGAAGACGAUUCCGGAGCACAAUUGGAAGACGAUUCCGGAGCACAAUUGGAAGACAACGACGACGAUGACGACGACGACGACGGCGAUUCUAGACGCGAUGAGGAUAGCGACGGAGGUUUGUUGUACUGAUGCGACGGCGUUGAGGCGAACUGCAACUGCGUUCCAAGCAGGAACUAUCCACGACUACAAGCAACAUACUGAGACUUCUACAAUUGCAGAAUUCCAAGCGAGUAGAAUGGUGCCGCGCUCUCGAAAUUGAACUCGUCAUUAUCCUGCACGUUGGCAAGCAAACAAUCGAAAAGACAAGACAUGCAAAGACUUUGCCUUAAUGUCUCGGCCAUAUUGCGACAUACGCGCCAGACUGAUCUACUUAUAAAUGAUGCAGGGC